AUGGAAGAGCUGGGAAGAGAGUUAAGGAAAUUGAGGUGGGAAAUGACAAGGGGACUGAGGGAAGUCAGAGAGAGGCUAAGAGGCCUGGAAGAGAGGUUAGAGGCGCUAGAAGGAGAAGGUCUGAGACGGGAAGAAGAGGUAGCAGGUGAGAGGGAGGAGCUGAGGAAUAUGCGGGAAGCGAGAGAAAGAGGCAAUGGAAAUGAGGAAGCGCAAAAGGGCAGUGACGAAGAAAGAGAGAUGGAGAAAAAGAGGAUCGGACAGGACGAGAGGGACAGAAGAGAGGGAAAGAGAAAAGAAAAGGAACAGUCAGAGGAAGAGAUGAGGGAGGAGAAGAGGGGGGAAGGCGAGAACGAGAGGAGAAGAGAAGAGAGAGGAGAGGAAGGGAAAGGGCGGAAGGACAAAGACGAGGAGAGCUGGUGGCAGGAGACGAGAAGAAAAGAAGAGGAGGAGAGGCGAGGGGACGAGGAGAGAAGCGAGAAGGAAGGAAGCAGCCAAGAUGGGAGGAGAGUGAAGGAGGGACAGGCAGGAGGAACUGGCAGGGAGGAGAGGAAGAGCGCAAGGAGAGCGGAGGAGAAGGAUGGGGGGGGAAUGGGAAUUGUGAUGAGGGAAACGGGAAGGGAGGUGGAGGUAGGGAUAGUGUCGGAAAGAGUGGGGGAAAGGGGGACGAUAGUGGUGAUUACGGAGGUGGUGAGGGAAGAGGAUAGAGACUGGUUGCUAGAGAGGAGGGCGGAGAUUAAGAGUCGCUGGGAUGUGAGGUUGGAUGAGGAUUUGUCAAUGAAGGAGAGGAAAACCAGGUGGAGGAUGUUAGAAAGGGCAAAGGAGGAGAGGAAUAAGGGAAAAAAAGUGUACAUAGGGAAUAGAAGAAGAGACGGAGGAGAUAAGGAGAGAGACAAGGAAGGGGAGAAGACGUGGAGAGAAAGAAAUAGGAGAAGCAGGAGGGAAGGAGAGAGGGAGAGAAAGCCUGAAGAGAAUGGAGAAGGUAAAGCGGAGAGAGCAGAGGAAGUCAGGAGAAAAAGAGGAGGAGGAGAGGUCUCAGGAGGAAAAGGGAAGGAGAGGAUCGAGGAGAGGUUGAAGAGGAUAAUAGAGAAGAAAUGA